AGAGCGAUAACUACACGAAACAAGUGUUUUCCAGGUAGCAACGGUGUGUACUGCAAGCCCCUGCCCUGCCGCAGCUAAUGUUGAGGGUGUGACCAUCACAGCGACAUCGAUCUGUCAUUAACCUUCAAUUGGAAGACAACUGUACAGCGCGUGGAGUUGAGAGGUCAGGUCCACUGAUCCGAGCACAGCCACUGACGUAGCAUCUGGGACCGGCCAAUUGGGAAGGAGGCUUGGUAACGGUGACAGAGCACCUACGCUUUCUACAGCACUACAUAAAAAUGAAACUUGGACGACGAAGUGCGAUUUUCCUGAGUAAGACAUAUAGGUGGUCUCUCGGGUGUGAUGUUUUGAUCCGUGAACAGUGUUCAGUUGAAGAUACCACUGUUGCUUCGUUGCUCAAAUAGGACCAUGAAGGUACCCCUUCCUCUGUUUGCUUAUUGCCUUGUUCAAGUAUUUGCCUAUGUUUCUCACGCUGCUAGAUCGUCGGCUCUUAACGACACACACAUUCUACUCUCUAAAACUUUAUCUUCCAUUAAUUCGGCUGUGAAGUUUUUCAACAAAGAACAUCGAAAUGUCAACUUGGACACCAUUAUUGGAACACGGAUACUUGAAGGUCAGUUCAAAGUUCUCCUGGAUAUGAUACACCGGUCUCCCGGGGAAUGGCAGGUGGAUAGUCAAACUCUGAUGCAGAUAGAGCGAUUACAACGGACAGCUGGCAAGAUCAGCGACAAAGCCAUCCCCUUCAUUGCAACGAUCACACCGCAAUAUUUCUAUAAGAUUGGUAUGAUGCUCCAGAAGGGAUUCUGGGAACUAGACUACAACAGUAAGAGUUUUGAUGACAGUAUGACACUGUGGCCGUACCAGGCAGGCGAGGCUCUACACGAGGAGGAUUCGGAUAAUUGUAUAGCGGAAUUCUUCGGCACGGGGAAACGUACCAAGAACACGUGCGUCAUCUCCAGCAGGUGCUGGGAAUCCAUGACGUCACCCUUAUACAACGGUUACUCUCUGUCACACGAAAUAUUCUACCUGCAGAUUGGAAGACAGUUUGGUUGUGGGGCUGAGAUGGAAAUGAGACGUUUGGCCGCUGGUCAAGAGUCCAUAGAGAAAAUGCAUGACGAUUUUUGUGCCAAUAUGCUGAACGAGGCCACUAUCAUUGCUAAGGAGGGCUUCCCCGAGCACAAACAGGAUCUGUUUAUGGAGCAAGCGGCCUUGUGUGGAAUGCUGGGAUACCGACAAUUCUUUACCUCUGAUUGGCUAGAAAAAAUCCUGAGUUGGCAGGACCAAAUAACCGGAUGUUACAAAGGGAAUCCAGUAAGGGAGACGGAUGUCGAGUACCGCGGGACAGAGCCUCGUAUCCGGACCAAGCGAGAGGAGCGCCUCCUGGAUCACGGGUGUCUGUGCCACCGGACCACUGUGGCUGUUGCAGCUCUAGGCCAGUAUAUUCGCUACAUGCUCGAGUUUGCUGCCUUCGAGAGAGACAUGGACAACUGAAGGAAAGACAGUGAAGCUUGUUAAAACAAUGUCGAAGGUGAAGCAGUUUCGCAAAUACAGACAAUUCAUAUCUAAACCAUACAUCGAGAUAGUGAAGUUGUACUGGUUUUCAACUUUCAUCCUCAGCGAGACUGUGUGAAAUACAUGCUUUAGAGGACAUCCACGUCGAACAACAAGUGCACACAUUUUAAAGCUAACCUACAUCAAGUUAUGAGUCCUACCUUAAAUGUACCGUCCAUGUGCAUAAUUGUUUUCAUACCUAGCUUCCACCGUUAUAGACCAACCUCAAAUGUGUUUGUUCUUUUUGUGAACACAACUGUAACAUCGAAGUGGUUCUGAGCAGAAGUGGUGAAAAUGCGUGUCCAUACUGUGUGUUACCCCUAUACAACUCGCCACCUGAACAUGGAUCUCAACACAGUGAUACAAUGAACCGUACCUGAUAUACCUGAUGCAGUAAUAACAUGAUCGCAUUCUUGCCUUCAUGUAUACACUGUUAAUGGUAUCCUUUUAUGUUCAUCAUCUCACCAACAAAAACCGUCACCAUCAACCCCACCGCCACAACAGACAGCACCAACACCAACAAAGCACGUCACCUCCACUACCAAUACCGUCCCCACCACCAUCUCAACCACUACCACCACUACCAACGCAAUGGCUAGCACCAACACCAACAAAAACCGGCAUCACCACCCAAACCACCACCACUAUUACCACCAAAUUUCAGCACACGCCACCAACACCUCCACCACUACCACUACCAACAAUCGUCCCUAUCGCCACCGAAAACAUCAUCAGCAUCACCACCAUCGUCAUAGCCAGUACCACCACCACCAACAAAAAACAUCAUCUCAAUCAAUCAACAUUUUAAACGUUGUUUUGUUUUUAGACCAACACCACCGUAAACACCACGACACUUACCACCAUGGCCUCAACCAGCACUUACUUCCAUAAAAACUGUUAUCAUCACCACAUAUACACUGAUAAGUCGUAAGACUUAAAGUUAAUAAAGAACUUGAACUCAAAAUCAGUGUCAAAAAGGGUACCCCAGGCCCCUACUUUCAUGAACCCUAACAGCGCCUUUGACUACUCCACUGCCACGCCCUGCUAUUUCAUUCCACCAAAUCCCAACCACCAGUAUUACUUUCAUCAUCACCUUUAACCGCCCACCAUCCCAAUAUACAACCAACAUAAUCGCCAUAACUAUGAUAGAUAUCGUCAUCACCCACUAUCUGUGCAAGCAGUCACACCAUUGACAUGGACAAUAAGCAUUAGUGUUGUUGAUAUCCCUUUUCAGCAGGAGAGCGAACGUCUGCCUCAUCCACAGGUCCAUUGGGACAGAAAUGAAGCUUAUAUCACGACUUGUAUUUGCUUCCAUACGACUGACACAAAACACAGGUGUGCAAUGUCAAAUAUCAAUAAGUUAAUUGUUUAACAGCUCGAGGGGCAUUGUAAUGCACAAUCACCUGACAUAGACACUAUGGCACAUAUAACAGAUGUGUAUUUUUUUCUGGAUUUAAAAUAAUAAAGUUUUAACAUUCAAUUUGCAGAUCGAAGUUCAUUUGCUCAAUCCUGUUUGUGUUUGCCGUAACCCAGCCAGACCGUGUCUACAGGGAUACGAAUGGCAUCAAUGCUAAUAUAUAUAAUACAGUAUAUAAAUAUCGAUAUGUUAUGAACACUCAGCGUACAAAUAUAUAACAUUAUGUCAAAUAAGAUUCAUAUAAAUUUCCCAAGAGAAUAAAAUA